AUGCGAUUUAUUCUGACAAUAUUAUGUGGCCUCUUUGUUAUCUCCGCGCUAGGAGACCCGAUUAGAACAAAGAGAGAGCCUCCCGUGAGCUCGCAGUAUGGCGCACCACCAGCGUCGUCCUACGGAGUACCGGACGUAGGACCGUCCGAUUCUUACGGUCCACCACCUUCGAACUCGUACGGUGCACCAUCCCCUGACACGUAUGGUGCACCUCCGCCGCCAUCGUCGUCCUACGGCGCACCAUCCGGGCCUUCGUCGUCUUAUGGGGCUCCUCCCCCCUCGUCAUCGUACGGCGCGCCGUCCGGCGAUCACGGAUCCUUCGGGGGCGGUGAUCACGGUGGGGGAUCGUAUGAUCUCGGGGGCGGUGAUCACGGAGGGUUCGGAGGCGGCGGCGGCGGUGGCGGUGAUCACGGAGGGUACGGCGGCGGCGGCGGCGGCGGCGGCGGCGGCGGUCACGGCGGAGGAUUUGGCGGUGGUCACGGCGGAGGAUUUGGCGGUGACGAUCACGGGGGUGGAUCGUUCGACGAUCAUCACGGAUCGGGCGGAUACGGCGGAGGUGGCGGCGGCGGCGGUGGCGGCGGCGGCGGUUACGGCGGUGGUGGCGGUCACGGCGGCCACGGCGGCGAUGACAGCGGUUACGGCGGAGGUGGCGGUCACGGAGGCGGCGGCGGCGGCGGUUUCGGUGGCUCGCUUUCCGAUUCCUACGGGCCGCCCUCGGGAUCCUACGGCCCGCCGUCGCCACCCUCCGGAUCGUAUGGACCUCCGGCGCACGACCAUGGACCGAAGGGCGUGUGGAAGAAGAAGUUGGUAUGGAAGCCCGAGUGGAAGCAGAUCUGGAAAUCGGAAUCGAAACUGACCUGGAAGCAAGAGUGGAAGAAGGUACAGGUGCCGGUUUGGAAGGAGAUUCAAGUACCCGCGUGGAAGGAGGUCAAGGUUCCCGCUUGGAAGAAGGUCCAGAAGCCGGUCUGGAAGCAGAUUCAAGUGCCAGCUUGGAAAGAGGUCCAGGUGCCGGCUUGGAAGAAGGUAUGGAAACCCGUUUGGAAGGAAGUCCAAGUUCCCGUGUGGAAGGAAGUCCAGGUGCCCGAUUGGAAGAAGGUCUGGGUGCCGGAGUGGAUCAAAAUCGGCAUCCCGGGGGAGCAGAAUUUGGGCAAGGAUCAUCACGGUUGGCAGUACACCAGCCACGAUCUCUGGAAGAAGAAGCUGAUAUGGAAGCCGGUCUGGAAGAAGGUCUGGAGAACGGAAAAGAAGCAGAUUUGGGUGAGCGACAAGAAAUUAGAAUGGAAGGCCGAAUGGAAGCAGAUCUGGAAGUCGGAGAAGAAGCAAAUCUGGGUGACGGACAAGAAGCUAGUGUGGCAGGAAGAGUCGGUGCAAGUAUGGGUGCCGCAGAAGAAGCAGAUCUGGGUCACGCAGAAGAAGCAGGUGUGGAAAGACGAGUGGAAGAGCAAGUGGGUUCCGGUUUGGAAGGACGUGCAGGUACCAGCUUGGAAGAAGAUCUGGAAGCCCGUCUGGGAGAAAGUUUGGGUUCCCAUCGAGUCCCACCACGACGACGAUCAUCACGGUUACAAGUAGACCGUCGUCGAGAGUCACGUUUCAGCCGGCUCGAUCUUCCCUCUAUGCCUGUCUCGUGACAUCCGCGAAGGUCGGGAGGUCGACUCGGAAAAUUGUCGGAGGUUCGCGUCAAGCAACUCGGUCGGAUCUUAUAAUGCCUUGUGAUAAUGGAUUACUCGCCGGUAGAUUAUAUAGGUAUGUCUCGAAAGGAGAAAAGGGAAGACCGACUGCUGGACGUGGUACCGCACGAACAAGAGGAAAGCCUGUAACUAACAGUUAGAAAGCAUCGCAACUAUGAGAUAUGCACGAAAGUGAAUGAAGAAAAUUUUCAAUUGAUCAUCUCGACGACAGAGCGACUUGGGUGUCAUCCCAGUCGCCCGGUUAUUCGUCAAAUAUCGCACGACUAACCGGAAUAAUUGAUCAACGAGAUAUAAUCGUGAUGAAUGUGAAGAUAACGCUAUCUACAGUAUAUCACCCGAGAGAGCGAGACACUAAUACCUGAUCUUUAUCGAUUAAACUUAUAAUGACGCAGAGAUCACUUUCUAGAGAUUAUACGAUUUGCUAAAUCAAGCUUCGAAGCAGAUCAUCGCCAAGAAAAAUUACGUUUGUCAAUUAUUCAUUGGAAAUUAAUAUCGUAAUCCAUUUGUCAAUCGAGAGAUUAUUAAAUUAUUAAUUAAAUAUCAAUUUUAAAAACCCUUAAAUCUGUUUGUGCCUACGUCACAUUUAUAACAAAUUAUUUCAUCUGAGUUAUUCCAUUUCGGAAUGAAUCCCAGAAUGAAAGUUACACGGACAAGAAAAAAUAAUAUUUCCUUCUCGUUCAUCUUUUUCCAGUGUGGAUAAUCCAUAGCCUCUUACAAUUACUAUGGCUACGUAUUAAUAUUAUGUGUAAUUAAUACCUUACUUUGUAAAUAUCGUUUGAUUAUUGGGAUGUGUACAUGUGAACAUUUUUUUAUACGUAAUAAAUA